UGUCAGCAACACAUUAAUAUUCAAGACACUGUGGUCUUGAGUCUGCUGUCGCCAUAGCUACAGAUGUUGUAAAGGUGUUGCAUACAUGUCGCCCUCAUAAAGAGAGCUCACUCUGCAGCCCUCUCUCCCCCUCUCGCUCUCUCUCUCUCAGUGUGGGGAGCAGAAUGUGGACUCAGGCUGAAAAGCCUCAGGCCGCUUCCUCAUGACAUCACAUGGUUGCAGAAUGACUUGUCUAACAUUCAGUCUGUGAAGCAAGACUUCCUAAACACAGAGCGCGGUCACCUCUCUGUUGAUACUGAGAGCGGAUAAAGGGCUUGACUUUCUUGAGCGUUAUCAUUUGUAAAAGGAACCAGUUUUGAGAGUGUUUGUGUUAUCAGCGAUCUCAUCAUCUGAUGCUACUUCCUGUCUCUGUUGUCAUGGCGACUGUGAGAGCCCCAGAGCACAGGAUACGGGCCCAGUGAAGGAGGCCCCAUGUCUGAUUUCCACUCCUGACCGCCGCUUACGCACCACGCCAGUUCAAGCGUCCCUAGACAGAGUCCCAGAUAUGGAGGAGGAGGAGGGCAGGGUGAAUGGCUUUGGGCCGAGCUCAGGGAGGAGGGGUUCGGACUGGGGUCACAUCGCCCUGCUGGACAAGACCAAAGAGUUCUUCCAGACGUGCGACGUGGAGGGGAAAGGCUUCAUUACCCGCACCGAUAUGAGGAGGCUCCAUAGAGAGCUGCCUCUGUCUGCAGAGGAGCUGGAGGACGUGUUUGACUCUCUGGAUACAGACCGUACUGGUUACCUCACGCUGGAGGCAUUCUCCUCUGGAUUCAGUCAGUUCCUACACGGCCGAAGGAUCUCUGUUGCUGAUGACCAGAAUCAGGCCUCCAGCCCUAUGUUUAGAACCAAGGAAGCACUUUAUCAGAGCCAAUGGGAGGCCAAGCUGUCAGGAGUUGAAGACGAGGAGGAGAGGCACUUCUGCAUGCUGCUGGAGAGCCUGGGAGCCAGUAAUGUGUUUGAAGAUCCGGGCGAGGUGCGCAGUCUCUGGGCUCAGCUCCGGCGAGACGAGCCUCACCUCCUGUCCAAUUUCGAGGAGUUCCUGGCCAGGGUCACCCACCAAAUAAAAGAGGCCCACCAGGAAAAGAAGGAGAUGGAGAGUGCCCUCCAGAGGAAGGCAGCGACACACGACAGUGAGAUCCGUUAUUUAUAUGAAGAGAUGGAGGCUCAGAUCAAAAAUGAGAAAGACAGACUGCUAUUAAAGGACUCUGAGCGUCUUCAGUUGCGUAGCCAGGACCUGGAGCACCAGCUGUUUUCAAAGGAGAGAGAGCUGGAGCAGCUUUUCCAGAAACAGAAAAGGUUAGAGCUCCAGUGCCGCGAGCUGAGCAGCGAGAAGCAGGAGAGCCAUGUGGAGAACGUCAAGCUGAAGAUGACCAACGACGAGCUGUCCCGAGCGCUGGAGAGCACCAGCCAGGAGCUGGCGCUGGCCCAGGACCAGCUGGCCAUGCUGCAGGAGCAGGCUGCCCGCCUGCACCAGGAGAAAGAGAUGGAAAUGUACAGAGUGACUGAGGGUCUGCAGAGAGAAAAGCAAAGUCUCAUGAAGCAGCUCGACCUCCUCAGAGAGAUGAACAAGCAUUUAAAGGAUGAGCGAGACAUGUGCUGCGGAGUACCUCGAACCUCACUCAGAAAGAAGCAGAAGCAGAGAGCGGGCCUCACCAACAUAUUUGAUGACAGCAGCCAGCCGGCAAAAAGAGCCUCACUGUUGGUGGAUGGGUCCUACCAGUCUCUGGAGGCUUUGCCUAUAGAGCACCUUCAAAUCGUGUUUGUUGCUUCCUCCUCCUGUAGUGAGGAUGAUACCACCACCACUACUACCUCCUCCUCCUCCACUGCCACCGCUGUUCCUGCCCCUGCAUGUCAACAACGCCCUGCAACAAAGAAAAACUCCGGCUUAGCCAACGGCUACGCCAACUCUGCUCCACCCAAAGGGCAUGAUAUGAAGGCAAAAGCCAAAAAGGCGCCCAGCAAGAUGGCCGCCACCAAGAGGACGCCUGGGAAAGACAGAGAAAGAGGGAAGAAGGUGGAGAUUGAAAAGAAGAGGACGGGGGUGGAAGAGGAGGUGUUGGAUGCCCCUCCGGAUGGGUGGCCCCUCCGACGGGUCAUCUCCAUCGAAGAGGAUCACCUGCCCCACCUGCUCCAAGGCGGGCCCCAGCCCUUACUGCACCAGCUCAGUGAGGAGGAGGACGAGGAGGAUGAAGAGGAAGAGGAGGGAGCACGGAGCGACAUUGAGUCUAGUGUUGUCAUGGCAACAGACCAGCCUGCCACCCCAACUUCCAGUCACAUUCCAGUCUUGGCAGAAGCUCCCCUGGCGAGGAAAUCCCGCUUUUCCCGAGCAAAAAAGACACCCUUGUCUCCGAGAGGACAGCCUGUCGGGAAGGAGACUCAGCAAAAGACAAAGGAGGGAGCACUGUUUGCCCCAGACCGUCUGUUUAAGGUGGUCCUGGUUGGCAACUCCAGUGUAGGCAAGACAUCUCUGCUACGCUCCUUCUGUGAGGGCCGUUUCCACCCUUCCACCACUGCUACUGUGGGCAUUGACUACAGUGUGAAAACAUUAACCCUGGACAAUAUGCAGGUAGCCAUGCAGCUCUGGGACACAGCAGGUCAAGAGAGGUACCGCAGCAUAACCAAGCAGUUCUUUCGGAAAGCAGACGGUGUGGUGGUGAUGUACGAUGUCACGGUGGAGGAGAGCUUCAAGGCCGUGCAACCCUGGCUCACCAAUGUCCAGGACGCUGCAGGAGAAGGGAUCCCCGUCCUCCUUCUAGGCAACAAAAUGGACAUGGAUGGAGGCAGGGAGGUGUCAUUUAAAGAAGCUGAGCAACUGGCUUAUGAAAACAAGGUGAUGUUCUUUGAGGUCAGCGCUUACACAGGCAAGAAUGUGACAGAGUCCCUGACGCACCUGGCCAGAGUGUUAAUGGAGCAGGAGGACAGAGUGAGAGAUACAACAGUCAUCCUCAGCGCUCAGCCCAUAAAGAAGAAAGCCUGCUGCAAGUGAAGACACACUGACCAACAAGAGAAAGCUCAAUACUCUGUAAGGAAUCUACAUUUGACCACUUUUUGAUGGUGGAUCUGCAGUGAAAUCAGUAUUGGACUCGGGUAAAGACCUUAACACAGAUUGAAGUCGUGUCUUUUGACCCAGACAUGCAGUACACGUUGAAGUCUACAUGAAGGAUGGUGUUCCCUGUGCGAACAAACUGCUGUCAGGCUUAAAUGAUAAAGCUCAGAGAAUGAGCUUGUCUAAAGUGAAAAUAAGGUGCUGCAUCAUUUCCUGUAAAUAAUGCUGUGUUGCCAAAUCACAGUAGUGCUGUCUAUAAGAUUUAAAGUGAAAACUGAUUCUGUACUAUGAGAAAAAUCUUAAAUAUACUACAGGCUUUUCAUAACUGAAUGUUAGAUUUACAGUCUCAAAUUCUCUGUAUUUCUCUGUAUCUGGUGGAGUGUAUGUUACGUAGUUAUAUUUUGUUGAAACUAAAACUGAAAUAAAUUAUUUGGAAUUCAUUGAAACAGUAGUUUUAAAUGAAAAUCGUGUGAGAAAAAUCUUGACUUGAAUCACUAACAUUUUAUUCAUCAUCACAUUCUUUUUUCAUUUCCUUUCUCUAAUCUCCAAAACAAAGUGGUUCAUGACAUAUUGCAUCUGUUUGUUACUGUUCUUGAGGCAUUGUUCUGUUUUAUUCUGGCACCAAAAUACAGUUGCUCUGAAUUAUCCUCAAUUAAAGAAAUAAAUAAAUUACAUUUCA